UUAAUAAAUAAUCUGAUGAUGUAUUGAUAACAGAUAUAUCUCCAAAAAUACUAAAACAAUGCAUCAUUUUUCAUUUUUUACUCGCUAGAUGAGCAAAACCCUGCCACUUCAAUGAAUUGAAAUGACCAAAUUACCCCUCCCAUAUUCUUGGAAUAUCUUCCAUAUAACUGCUAAAACUGAAUCCCGAAGACUCUAUCCCCCUUCUUUCUCUCUCUAAGAUCAGUCUUUGACGCUGACAUCAGCAAUGGCGCAGGGAACCGAAUCCAAACCUGGGAAGGAAGAAGCAGAGGCUAUACUGAAGAACACGACGGAGUAUCUGAGGAAUCUCGAGGAGCUGAUACGGAAAGUGACCGGUCCGUCGAUGGAGGUCUUCCCGACAUCCAUGGGUUGGAUUAACGGUCAGAUCUUGUAUGCCGUGGAAGACAAGAAAAGGGAUUGCGGAGAAAAGAUGACGGAGCUGAGAAAGAUCCACAACCUUGAACUGGGAGACGCAUUCGUCAUGUCCAUGUUGGAUUUCCCGAAAACGAAUCUGCGACAAGUGAAAAGGAAAAGGGCUCCCAGAGAACAGAUCAAAGGGCUUCAACAGAUUCCUGAUCUUGAUCCAAGAGAUUAUUUAAAUGUUCAUUAUGAUAACGAAUCUUUAUCGAUUCAUGAUGCCCAUGAGAGAAAUGGCAAAAUCCAAGAGGAAGAGGAAGAAGAAAAUGAUACCGAAUUUGGCAGACUGGAAGUAGCAUCCCGCGAAGUGGGUGACAUAUUUCGGGGUCCCGAAGACGAAGAUCCCGACUCAAACCCGAAAUCUGAGUCUCUGAAAGAUAUAAAGAGUAGAGCAGUUAAUCUCGGGAUCGAGCUGUCAAAAACCCUAGUCGCCUUUUCGUUGCUGCCUGUCCAUUCAAGCCAGAUCGAGAAACAAGCUCAGUUGGAAGGUUGGAUCUUUCGACGAUCUUGCAAGGAAGAUUCCGAGGUGUUUUAUCUAAUCGAUUACCUUCUGUUCACUGCUAAAGAACUCGCCAGAAAGGAAGAAGAAAAAGAAGACAACAACGUAUCUGAAGCCGAGAAGAUCAGCAAAGAUCUGAUUGAGAGAUUGGCCAAAACAAUUAGCGGGUUGCAAUCGAUAGUAUCGUAUCUUCAGCGUAAACCCGAGAUUUCCGAGAGAAACGAGUUGGCUCGGGUAGAGCGCUUUCAUUCGCAGUGCAGCGAAAAUCUUGGAGCUGCAAAGGAGGAAACAAACAAGUUGAAGGAAAUGUUAGGACAAGAGACGGAAGAAGCUUUACAGCAGGAAAUGGAGCUGCAGAUAAACAGAUGCUGGAAUGACAGGUUUUGGGAGUAUGUCUCAACAUCAUGGCUCUAUAGGCUCUUGAGUAGAUUCCCAGAAAUCGUUUACGCUAUGUCCAAACUAGCUGUUCUAGAUUCGAAUCUCUGGUUAACAGAAAACUAG